GUAUGCUUCAUUGCUGUAGCAGAAGCGUGUCUUACCUCAGGGCUACGCGAGGUAACAGUAAAUUCUAUUUUAGGAUCAACUUUGUCAAUGAGUACCCCAGCCGACUCGUUGGUCACCAGUAUGCUGUCAUCAAUAUCCGGUGCCCCCUAUGACGAGCUUGUAACGUAGAUACUCUCAGUAUAGAAGUACUACACUAAGACACUACAGGGACGGAAAAUCGUUGAAUAUGGAAGAUUCAUCCCAGGGGGAACAAGAUGAAGAGGCAAACAACACCGAGGAGCAAUGCCGGGAUGUUUUGAAGUACCUUCACGAAACUCAACAACAUGCCAGUCUCCAUGAAAAGAUUCGCAAUCUUGAACACCAACUGGAGGAAAAGGACUUUCAGAACAGACAGCUGCAAGAGGACAUCUCACUGCUGCAACAGAAAGAAGAAGAGCUGACCCAGAUGUUGGACUCGGUGUCGUUGACGGACGAACCGCAGGGUAACGGCAACAGCUUUGCCUACAGCAUGAGGAGGAACUGGAGGUCCCUGUCCAGUAGGAUGAACCUCAGCAGACUGGGGAGGUCAGAGAAACGUAAACAGAUCUCGACCGUGCUGAGCAACAUCAAGAAAAAGAUGAAACUACCGACAAGGCGAAGUAGAACGAAAGAUGCUGUAGUGAAGACGGAUGCAGAGACACAGACAUCGAGUGCAGUUGUAGAUGUUGCCGUGCUGAAGGAUAAAGAAUCUCAGACUCCAGGUGUGUAUCCGGAGCGGGUGGCGGAAGCGGGUCCGGUGUACGUUCUGUCUGAUGUCCAGGGGCUGUCGCGCAUCUCUAUCACGUGUCCCCACCAAGAGCUGGACACGAGUAGGGUCAACACCGAGUGCUGUCAUGUCACUGAUGACGGUCAGCUGAAGAACUGUCCACCCACUGACCAUGGCCAGCAAGGACUACAGAGGUUUCAGAAAUGUUUUGGGACAUGUUCAACACCUGGCAUCCCCCUGCCCACGACUACUGCCACGCCCCUUUCCCCAGCCCAAUACUGGGAGGCCGAGGCCCUGGUAGAUGUAAAAGACUUGGAUAAGUUGUGGAAAUGGAAGACGUGUCUGGAGAUUGGCGUGGCGGAAGAGGAGUCGAUGGACAAUAUGUCUCUUUACCGCCAGGCGGGUGUGUGGUGCAUACGGGUGGCAGAUUGUAAGCGGGUGAUUUGUACUCAGAUAUGGAUUAGAGGGAACCUUGUGACCUUCAAUAACAUUAUGCCUCGAUCUCCCGGAACCAGUGCGACCCUUAGCUUCGGCAUUGCCCUGGACGUUCACAGAGGCAGAAUUGCCUUCUUUGACCUGGAUAGAUACGUUGUUCUGCAUAAGACUGAUGUUGUAUUCAAACAAACGGUAUAUCGUAUGUUUAGUGUUCAUCCUUUCUCAGAUGAACUGUCUGUGAAGGUGAAACUCACCAGCGGAAAUAACGUCGUCAUGACUCAGCAAAAACAGGAACUGAUUUGUAAUGCACUCGCCCAAUCAUCCGUUGAUGAAUCCGAGUGCUGAUUUUAGGACUGUGACGAUACGUUUCGUCGCGACAGGUACAUAUCUCGAUCGUAAAUUCGUGAUACGACACAUGGAAACUGACACAAGCCAUGACAGAAGACUCAGUUAUCAGAGGGGGAUGAAUAGACGACCAACCGAAUCAUAUUUGGUAGAUUUGUAUUAACUGAUGGGAGUGGCUUGAAAUCCCCUGUAUGUAGUAUUCCAGAAAAAAUCAACAACAUUUAAACAAAUUUUACGUUAGCUGAACUGCCAGGCAAAAGAAACCAUUCAUUUGACCCAAAAAGAAUUAAAGCAAUCAAAAACGUAACUUGAAAACAGUCGACGAAACAUAAGGUUCAAAACACAACUAUGAUACCUGUUUCAAAUACAUCAUCGUCCAAUAACUUGUUUGUUUCAUAUUUAGCCCUCAAACAUGGGUGUAAACUUUCUUUUGCCCGACAGGGAAUAUUUUUCACCUGAAAUAUGUUAUUCACCAUCCCUUCUUUAUUUUUCUACAUCCCGAACUUCCGUCCAAUUUCUUUUUAAAUUGAUCUCAUUUUGAUAAAUGUGUAAGAUGCCACCGAUGCAUACCGGACAGUUGGUAUAAGAUCAUCGCAUGUUCCUCCAGAUGGUCGCAGGUGCAGGGUCAUUUCAUGAUGCAAAGAAGCAGAGGAUUAUAUUGGGAGGGUGGUCAAAUUACUAUUGCCAUGGAGACCAGUGACGAUAAUUGAUUUCGGAUUCUGUUUGGCAAAUAGAGAAUGUCACUUUGUAAACAAACACAAACAUGUUUCGUCCGAAAAUCACCACAGACAACGAUUUAAAGUAUGGGUACUUAAUAUGGAAGUAUCGUAAGAUGUGUUUAGCUUUUAUCAAUGUGUGAACAUAUAUAGAGGUUAUCACGCGAGUGUGUUGGGGGAUGGGAAAUAUCCUGCAUUAGGAAUAAACAUUGUA